GAGAAGACCGUCAACGUCACUUGUGUGUCACAGGUCACGUGUUAAUGUGUGUGUUUGUAGCACUUUCUCACGUACGUCCAUAGCGGCAUUAGCAUCAGUUUGGUCACAUAUUCCCAGAAUGGAUACAGAUUAUGUAGAACAAACAUCACCAUAGAAAGCAAGUUCCUGCUCUUCAGUACCGAGCCCUGCUACAGCGAGGAUGUUCCCCAGCCUGGCCCACAGACCAUGGCAUGUCUUCUGCAGGGUCUCCUUGCAGCACAGGGCGCCCCUGUCACAACGGUGCCCGAGGUUCCCCCAGCUGUGCUACGGUUGGCAGAGUGGAGGCAUACAUAGCUUGUGGUUCAGCCCUCCAGACUGCCGUGUUGCCUCUCUAGGGCUGGGCAAGGUGCAGUACUACUCUACCUCUGGCAACAGUAAAGACGGUCCUCCAAAAUCAGCAUCAGGUGAUGCUCCAUCAGCAGAAAAGAUCUUGUCUGCUGCUGCGAAAGCCACCACAGCCUUAUCAGGUUCAACACCUCAGGGGCUGACUAAAGCUGAGACAAUUCAAGUGAAAGUUAGGGCAGUCCUGAAGAAAAGGGAAUAUGGACCCAAGUACACUCAGAACAACUUUAUCACUGCAGUCAGAGCCAUGAAUGAGUUCUGCCUCAAACCAAGUGAUCUGGAACAACUUCGAAAGAUCAGAAGACGCAGCCCCCACGACGACACAGAGGCCUUCACUGUCUUUUUGCGGUCAGACGUGGAAGCCAAAGCACUAGACGUAUGGGGAAGCCAGGAAGCUCUAGCCCGAGAGAGAAAUCUCAGGAAAGAGGUGGAGAGAGAGUGCCAAGAGAAUAUUUUUCGAAAUCAACAGUUGUUGAGGGAAUACAAAGACUUCUGGGGAAACACUAAGCCUCGAUCAGGCCAGAGGGCAACAUUUCUACAAGGGCCGGGGAAGGUGGUCAUGGUCGCUAUUUGCAUCAAUGGGCUGAAUUUCUUCUUCAAGCUCCUGGCUUGGGUCUACACUGGAUCAGCUAGCAUGUUCUCCGAGGCCAUCCACUCUCUGGCCGACACCUGCAACCAGGCUCUGCUCGCCCUGGGAAUCAGCCAGUCUGUCCGCAACCCUGAUGCUGGGCACCCGUACGGCUUCUCCAACAUGCGCUACAUUGCCUCCCUCAUCAGUGGGGUGGGCAUUUUCAUGAUGGGAGCAGGCCUCUCUUGGUACCAUGGCAUCAUGGGAUUGCUGCACCCAGAACCUAUGGAAUCUUUGUUAUGGGCUUACUGUAUUUUGGCGGGCUCUCUGGUGUCUGAGGGAGCCACGUUACUAGUAGCUGUCAAUGAGAUAAAGAAGAGCGCCCGCCAGCACGGAGUGUCUUUUUAUGAAUAUGUGAUGCAGAGUCGAGACCCCAGUACUAAUGUAGUCCUGCUGGAGGAUGCUGCUGCUGUAUUAGGAGUCAUCAUGGCUUCUAGCUGCAUGGGGCUCACCUCACUCACAGGUAACCCGCACUUUGACAGUUUGGGUUCUCUUGGCGUGGGCACGUUGCUGGGCGCCGUCUCAGCCUUCCUCAUUUACACUAACACAGAGGCCCUGCUGGGACGCUCCAUACAGGCUGAACGUGUACAGAAGCUUACAGAGUUCCUAGAGAACGACCCUGCUGUAAGAGCCAUCCAUGACGUGAAGGCCACAGAUAUAGGACUGAGUAAAGUGCGCUUCAAGGCUGAAGUUGACUUCGAUGGGCGCGUGGUGACACGGUCUUAUCUGGAAAAACAAGACAUUGACCAAAUCCUCAAUGAGAUUCAGCAGGUGAAGAGCCCUGAGGAGCUGGAGAACUUCAUGCUGAAACAUGGAGAGAACAUCAUUGACACCCUGGGGGCCGAGGUGGACCGCUUGGAGAAAGAACUCAAGCAACGUAACCCGGAGGUUCGUCAUGUGGACUUGGAGAUACUAUAAUACCCAACGGGUCUCUGCUGAGACCUAUACAAGAGGAAAAGGUGAAAGGAGGAUCAAGCCUGCCUCCGCAAUCUGCCUCCCAUCCUCCACCACAAAACAAACUUCCGUCUCUGCACAAGUCAUCAAGUCUUACUGUAGAAUAGUCCACAACCAUAAACAAGGACGAUGUUUGGGCGAUGGCCGUGCUUUCUUUGUGUUGUUUGAACUUUAGUUAGCCAAACUGAGAAUUCAGCCAGCCAGAGAUCAACAUUCGAAUGUGUGCUUCUGGCUCAAGACUAAAGACUGUCAUUAGACUGUCUUGAGAAAUAUUAUCUGUUGCAGUUUAUGACAGUUUAGUCUUGUGGUUGUUUACUUGAACUCACAUUCCUCCAUGAAUGUGUUUGGAUUGAAUCGUGACUGCUUCAGAAACAAAAUCAAAAACAGGACCAUUUACUAGACUUAUACUUUACUUUAAUGUUUUGCUUGAACCUCAGUGAUAGUUUUUCCUUCAUUAGUGCAAGGGAAACCUGAGAGCUACAAAUUCAAAUGAGGCUUAUUUAAUUGCUACACAGUAUUAGAUUUUGUUUUUCUUUAAAUGUAAAAACUAAGGAACUGAAGUUGGCACAAUGCUGCUGUAGGUUCUCUAAUGAAGACAGAAUUAGUGAUGAAUAGAUUUUAUUGAUAUUACAGGAAAAAAUAUGCAAAUUAAAAGAUGUUAUUAAGACUUUUCAUUUCAUUUGUAUGAUUGAGUUGAAGAGUGAACUGAUGUUAAAUACAGCUGCACUUAAUGAGCAUCAGCUUAUGCAAAAAGACAACAGGGUCUUACCACAUUAAUUCAUCAUAUCCCCAUAAUAUUAUGAAGACAAGUUAAAAGGACAUGUUAAUCUUUACAUAAGGUCAAGUGGAAAGAGUGAGCAUCCUUCCAAGCCAAGAAAUUACAUUAUAAGCAGUGGCAUCCAGCGCCAAACUCCAGACUUUGAUGUUCUCCAAAUUUGAGGUUUAGUAACUUUGUCUUGUGAGGUUGGACGCUGAUCAGCAGAUGACUGACUGUACUGUUCCAAAGAUGAAGUACUGGAGGGAUGCACAUGUCUUUUCCCCUCCUCCACCCAGUGUGAAUAAGUGGUCUCUGAUGACAAAACGUCCCAAACAGCUGUCAACAUAAACAUGUCAGUUUUAAUCUUUCAGGAUGACACCCUGUACAGUAUGUGUACCAAAUUAUCUGUGUAAAACAUACGGUGACUGUGCUUUUACUUCUGCAUUUACUGCCACAGCUGCAGCAUAGGACACACUUGCCUGCUUAAACAUCUUAUUCUGCUUCAGGAGGUGGGCCGGAGUCAUUUCAUCUUUGUUGGGAGGAGAUAUAUAUAUAUAUAUAUAUAUAUAUAAUAAAUUUGAAAUAAUUUAAGUAUUUUGCUUUCCUUUUCUGUCAUGUAGUUGGAUUUCUUUUGUUUCAGGGUUUGUUUUUUACCACGAGACAACAUUGCUUCUUGCAUAGUAUAUGACUAACAUUAUGGAGGAUAUUAUUGGCCUGGCCUCAUCAACUUCUCAAUAAGUUGGGGGUCUUGUAGGCGCUCCAAGCUUCCUACCCAGAUUGUAACCCUUGAUGAGCGACCCUUGUAGGUUUUGGGAAAAGCUCCAUUGGAUGUAUUGAAGACCUUUGUGUAUUCAAACGCAUCUGGAACAGUAAAGAGGUACAUGUUAAAAGUCUUGGAGGCCUGUUUCCUGUUUAAAGCUCAGAUGGUUGACUGGAAUGUAAACCCAAGUCCAUUAGAUGGUGCAGUUGUAGGGAUGAGAGAGAGAGGGGGGGGGGUACUAGCCUGUUCGCUGACGUCAAUAAAAACAGUCAUUUCCAACCAGUCUGCGCAUUGACCGACCAUUCAAAACAUUACGCACAGCAUCGCGGCUGGACCACGCUAGACUACUCGACUGAAAUAAUUUUUCGCCGAGCCCGGAGAGCGGAGACAAUGCGGACAAACUCCAUUGCAGGUUUUUGACCAUUGAAUGUUGUCUUAACAUUUUGGGUGUUACGCGCAUAUCAGUGUCAUGUCUCGUCAUGCCAUUCCCAAGUCAGUUGUGCCAGUGCCACUGCCCAUCGUGUUUCCUUUCAUGUCUCCCCUCCUCAGAGAAAGAAAGGGUCGCUUGUGCACGUUGAUUAAGAAAAUGACCAGAUCCUCGGGCUGAUUUGGCUCGUUAUCAUAAAGGAAACGUGCAUCGAGACGCGCCUGUCACUUCUGGAGAUCACCAAACACAUCUUGAAUCCUUCCGCACAUCACAUCGUUACUUUCAGUAUGAUUAAUUGGUUUGUUUUGUAAGCGGCUUUUAAAAUAUUUUUUUUUUUUUUGCUAUUUUUAUCAUAAUUUUCGAUGCAUCCUGUUGUUUUCCUCUCCAACAUUUUCGUCCCCAGCAGCCCACAGAUGGGGGCGCAGUAAACCUGCACAGUUGGGGUCUCAGAUUUUCAUGCAACCUCCCCUCCAUCACCACAAGCCCGUGAUUACAAAAUCCCAAACCCCAUUACUCUUCGGUGCGGAAUUGAAUUAAAGAAACGAGAUUUUGUGCAGCAAUGUGGGCUAAUCACCUCCCAUUGCCCAUGCAGGAAAAACUAACCUCGUUAACCCAUUUUUUCAGAUUUUUUUUUUGUGUGUUUACUUUUUUUUUUCCCCUAAAUAAUCGAUUUGGUUGCUGUUUCAAUCACAGGUGCAGGAGCAUCUAGAACAUUCCAGGUAGCGUGUGAUGGCAGGAGAAGUCUUCGCGGCGGAUGAUCAUCAUCAUCACUACCCUGCUCUACGCUUUUAGCCUCUUUACAGUGCUGCCUUGUCUAAUCAUGUUCAAGCAGCAUUGUACAGGGCUAUGACAGCAUAGAGAGCUGAGCUGCUCGGGCGCUGCGUUUCUCUGACCCCCUGGAUGGCAGCCAACAAAUGACAUCAUCCGUUGAAAACACAAAACGGCGAGGAUUGCAUGUCCAUAUCGCGAAGAUUGUUGGCAAGAGUGACUUGAAUUGUCAUGCUGGUGUAGUCAAAAACUAAAAUGCAUUGCCUUUUUUCAAGGUUAAAGAAAACUGGAACACAUGAAGGUCUCCUUGGGUUGAAUUAUUCAAUGCAAACCUAAAUCCCUUUGCAGCCGAUGCAUUAUUGAACCAAUUAGUAACGUUGCGUCGUGCUGCAUCUGGAUUAACCCGUAUGCGCAUCUCCUGGAUUACCAGGAUCAAGUCACACCGCUAAGCAUCCAGUUUCCCCAGAAAAUAAAUAAGUCAAGCAUAGUAGUCGCGCACAUCAAAACUCCGUGUAAGGCAGGUGCUGGACCAAGAGAAGACCGCAAUGAAAACACGAAGAUGGGUCCGCACAUUGUGAAGCAUCCAAGGGCCAAAAUGGGGCUGCGUCUGGACAGGUCAAUGUUUGUACGCUACUACAGGCCUAUGUGUGUUUGUAGACUAGGGCUGCAACUAACGAUUAUUGUCAUUGUUGGUUAAUAUGACGACCCCCCCAAGUCCAAAACCUUCAGCUAUUCAGUUUACUCUCACAAAGAAGAGACAAAAGAAAAUCAGCAAAUCCUCAAGAUUGAGAGGCUGAAACUGUGGAAUGUUGGGCUUUUUUGCUUGAAAAACGUUUUUCUGUCAACUAAUCGUUUCAGCUCUAAUGUAGACCAGAAAUAUAUAAUGUACUAUUAAAAGGGUUGAAAUUUG